CCACCAUUUUGAUUGACCCUGACUUCAGAAAUCCCUCGUCUUCCCCACCAGACCAGCAAGUGAAAAAAACCCCGAUUUUCUCUUCGUUUCUCGAGAAACACCCGAAAAUUUUUUCCUCCUUUUUCCCUCGAACCCUUGAAGACGUUACACAUAUACAAGGAAGAGUUUUUCAAUCAUAGCCUCGCGCAUGCGCCGAUUCCACCAAUCUCCUUCUCCCUGAUCGUUUUUCCCAAGAAAGUAACGACCCUUCUUCACCAUUUCCUUUCCUAAUUGGUUUAUCGCGGCGGAGAUCUCGGCUAUGAAGCACCAUCAGGAGCAGAAGCAAAAGCAGCUCAUGGGUCUUCUCCCUUGGCUGCUCCUCUGCUUCCUGACGUCACCGAUUUGCGACGCGAGAUUCGUGGUGGAGAAGAACAGCUUGUCGGUUACUUCACCGGAGAGUAUCAAAGGAACCCACGACAGCGCCAUUGGCAACUUCGGGGUCCCUCAGUACGGAGGAAGCAUGGCGGGGACUGUUGUUUACCCUAAGGAGAAUCAGAAGGCUUGCAAAGAAUUCAGCGAUUUCUCGAUUUCUUUCAAGUCUCAGCCCGGCGCUCUGCCUACCUUCUUACUGCUCGAUCGUGGAGAUUGCUUUUUUGCUUUGAAGGUGUGGAAUGCACAAAAAGCCGGUGCUUCAGCUGUGCUUGUUGCAGACAAUGUUGACGAACCUUUGAUUACAAUGGAUACACCGGAAGAAGAUGUUUCGUCUGCCAAAUACAUUGAGAACAUAACAAUACCUUCUGCUCUUGUCACGAAAAGCUUCGGGGAAAAAAUGAAGAAGGCUAUAAGCAGAGGCGAUAUGGUCAAUGUUAAUCUUGACUGGAGAGAAGCUGUUCCCCACCCUGAUGACCGUGUGGAGUAUGAAUUGUGGACCAACAGCAAUGAUGAGUGUGGAGUCAAAUGUGACAUGAUGAUGCAGUUUGUGAAGGAUUUCAAGGGUGCAGCCCAGAUUCUCGAGAAAGGCGGUUACUCUCAGUUCACACCUCAUUACAUUACUUGGUAUUGUCCACAGGCUUUCACGUUGAGCAGACAGUGCAAGUCCCAGUGUAUCAACAAGGGACGAUACUGUGCUCCUGAUCCGGAACAAGAUUUCAGCUCAGGUUACGAUGGAAAAGAUGUGGUUAUGGAAAACUUGAGGCAGCUCUGUGUUUACAAGGUGGCAAAUGAAAGUGGAAAACCCUGGAUUUGGUGGGAAUAUGUCACUGAUUUCCAGAUCAGAUGCCCCAUGAAGGAAAAGAAAUACAACAAGGAUUGUGCUGAUUCUGUUAUCAAAUCUCUUGGACUUGAUGGUAAGAAAAUUGACAAGUGUAUUGGUGACCCUGAUGCUGACUCGGACAAUCCAGUUCUGAAGCAGGAACAAGAUGCUCAAGUUGGCAAGGGUUCAAGGGGUGAUGUUACCAUAUUGCCCACCCUAGUCGUCAACAACAGACAGUACCGAGGUAAGUUGGACAGGAGCGCAGUUCUCAAGGCCAUCUGUGCGGGUUUUGAGGAGACUACUGAGCCAGCUAUAUGCUUGAGUACCGAUAUGGAGACAAACGAAUGCUUAGAUAACAAUGGUGGUUGUUGGCGAGAUAAGGCAGCCAAUAUAACAGCUUGCAAGGAUACUUUCCGUGGCAGAGUAUGCGAAUGUCCUCUUGUGGAUGGUGUACAGUUCAAAGGAGAUGGUUACAGCCACUGUGAAGCAAGUGGACCUGGAAAGUGCACUAUCAACAAUGGAGGUUGUUGGCAUGAAGAGCGAAAUGGACAUGCGUUCUCUGCUUGCGUGGGCAAGGACAGUGCUAAGUGUCAGUGCCCUCCAGGAUUUAAAGGAGACGGUGUAAACAAGUGUGAAGACAUCGAUGAGUGCAAAGAGAAGAAAGCAUGUCAGUGCCCAGAGUGUAGCUGCAAGAACACGUGGGGAAGCUAUGAGUGCAGUUGCAGUGGUGACCUUCUCUACAUCAGGGACCAUGACACUUGCAUCAGCAAGACGGGUUCGCAGGUCAGAUCAGCAUGGGCGGCCGUAUGGCUCAUCUUGUUAUCUCUGAGCCUUGCAGCUGCUGGAGCAUACCUUGUUUAUAAAUACAGAUUGAGGCAAUACAUGGACUCAGAGAUCAGAGCGAUAAUGGCGCAGUACAUGCCGCUGGACAGCCAGCCCGAGGUCCACAACCACUUGGACGAUGACCGUGCCUGAAAGAGGGGAAGGCCUUACCGCCUUUCGCUUAUUUAUUCCGCCGCAAAAUGACUCAAGGUGACCACGUUCUUUUUCCUUAGACUUUCAGAGCUCCUUGAGAUGCAUUUUGUAAUAAAAAAAAAGAAAAGAAAAAAAAUUUGUAAUCUGGCAAUGAAACAGGAACAGUGACAGAGAGAUUUAGAAUGAUACUUUGGUGUUGUGUUCAAUUUUAGCAUGUGGGUAGUGUUUGUUUGCUGUCUUUUGGUCUUUUAUUAAUAACACACUUACACUUCCAUUAGGGCAAAACCUCAUGGUACUGUUGGCAACCGCACAAUACAAGUACAGUCUCAUUUUUUCAA